CCAAAGUGACACAUUGAAAGCCAGUAACUGGUUGUACUCUGGUGGCGAAUCACCAAGGAGACGCCGCUUGCCGAGAUGCCGGAAAAAAGGCUCAAGACCCGACGCACUGUCAUCGUGCCAUACGGGCUUAAAACGUGGCUGGAAUGUGUCACUCAGGCCGUCGCGAGAGAAUGUCCCAAACACAUGGGACAGUUUCUUGCAGAUUACUCUCAAGAACUCCUGCAGUACAGAGAUGACAAUCCCACGAUGAAUAUCACAGAUCUGUCCUUAGGAUAUCGCACAUCAAGAGGAAUGAGACCAUCUUUAAAAAAAUAUUACUUCCGUAACUUUGAACAAAGGGUGAUUAUUCCAUUCGGCACCAGAAACCUAAAAGCAUGGCUGCAAGGGACAGGACAGACAGAUGAGCCUGGAGACUCUGUGGUCCAUAAGUCUAAGGGCAAGAUCAGGAAUCAUGGGACAAAUAUGUCCAGAAGUGUUGGGUUGUGCAUGACUCAGUGUCCUUUGCAGUCUUGUAUAGUAAAGUCCAGGGAAGACACUGAAGAGGAUCCUUCUGUCACCAUCUCUGAGGAUAUUCCAGAUACUGUUACUUCUCUUGUACCCACACCGAACCUGAGUCAGGCUCCUUUAGGGGACCUUCAGGAAGUCUGUGAGGCCAAACACAAAUUAUGUUGCCAGCCUCCACAAAUGCCAGAACAGACUCUCAUAGAAGACGUCUGCAUUGCAGAUGACAAUGAACUGUUGACUGUAUCUACAAUGGUAGCCAGCUAUCUGUCAGACACUGUGGCAGAGUUUUCAAUCUGUGAUUCUGAGCUGGUAACACAGCAGAAAAGUAAUGCAUUACAAGAAAUUCCUUUUACUGAAGAGACUGUGUCAGAUGACAGGCAUGAAUCUACAGAGACAUCCCAGGAGACAUCAGUGAAAAUUCCACCACCCCCUCAAACAGCUGAGGCCCACCAUCCAAAAGAACAUAAGCACCAGGUUGCUGUGAGAGCAUCUACUGAGCAAGUGGAUCUCAUCUACCCCUGCCAGAUGUACAGAUCCUCAUACAACUCCUCGCCACAGGUGCAGGACGUUUCACCAUCUAAGGCAGUUUCAGAAAGAUCGCCAUGCCAAACUGUCCCACAAAGUCAAAAGGAGGAAAGCACAGAGAAAACAUCAGAGCCCCCGGGAGUGAUGGAUGAGCCUGGUUCGGACGACGCUGAGGAUGAUACUGAGCUGUUUGUCCUCUACUCAGUGCCUUCAGAUCAAUGUCUACGUUCAAGUGCAGAUUCAGGGAGCUCCAUGAAUUCAGACGAGUCUGGAGGCUUGUUUCAGACCCAAGAGGACACUGCAGAUAAUCAUGUCACAGACGGCAAUGUCUCAAGCCUUGAGACUAUGGAGAGUAAGCAGUCUUCUGCAUCACUCUCAUCAGUGGAAUCUGAAGGUACGAUUGAUAUCCCCCAAGAAAGCCCCCAACCAGGCCUGGAAGACAGACUCUGUCCUGGAGAUGGCACACAAAUAGAAAUGGACAUAGGACAUGAUGACGAUGCAACAGAAAUGACAAGGAACAUUGGUUUGAGACUCUCUUUUGAGAGCAUUGAUUUGAGUCACAGCCACAGCCACACCAGAUUUCACAGCCACAGCCACACCAGACUGUCAUCACACGUUAAGAGCGCACACGCAGCUCUAGCACAUGAGGAAGUGGACAGUUCGGCAUGUAGUAGCAUUGAGUACAACCUUUACACAUCAGCACUCGGAGACUCUUCCAUCACAGUACUGUUUGAAGAUUCAGAAGAAGAUGAUUAUAUAAGUGAAAGUGAAUCGGCAGCUGACACUGAAUGUGUGGCUGACAGCGAUUCCAUCCCAGAUAUAGUCAUCCUCCACGAAGCUCCAUUGGUAGAGGAAAUGACAGAGACCAGUCUUGAAGCAGACAUGCAGGACCUUCACAAAUCUGAUUCACCUUUGGUGAAUUCUCACCAGUCCCUCACGGAAGAACAGCAUCCCACACUAUCCACCGAAACAACAACAACAGAGGGUGCUGAGGAGGAAGAUGGAGUACCACAUGUGGUCGUUGUUCACAAAGCCCCGUCUGAGGAAGAGUGCUUUGACGUUUGUCUUCCACAACAAGUAGGACAUAUCUCUGAAACAGGAUUAGCCACAGCUGCUCCUGAACUGUCUAAAGAAGCACCAAGACACAAGGCCAUUGGAGAUUCAGUGAAAUCAACAGAGAAUAUUAGUUAUCCAACGUCAUCACCAAAGACAUCGUGUAUGUUAGACACUGCUGUGGAGUCAGAUAGUCAUCCCCAUGUGGCCAUCAAUCUCAAGCCUCCCUCUGAGAUGAGCGUUCAAGAUGACAGCCAUUCACUUCAUGCUGAGAGCCAAGAGCCAGAGUCGACAGUGGUCCACAGUGUGCCUUUGAUGACUCAAGAGGCUGACUAUGCUCCUGACAAGGCAUCCUCAGGGGAGGAAAUCCCUGAAUCUGGCGUUGUAAUCAGACCGGUGGAGAGAGUGCCAUCUGCAACUUCCAAAACCUCACAGGUGGAAGUUAGCCUGUCAACCCACGAUGCUGUGAACAUCCACAGGCUUGGAAGUGACACUGCUGUUGAAACACUACCCGAGUCAACAGAGCAGAUUGGUGAUGGUCUCAGGGCAAAUGGUCAAGAUGAAAUCGAUACAGAUGUUGAUCAGACAGAAAUCAGGUCCCCUCGAUUGUCUGCUGCUCAGCAUUCAAGCGGCAUCGUCUCAGUUGUAAUUUCAUCAGAGCACCUCAAGACGUCAGCUUCUAGCUCAUUGCCAGCACCCGUCAAGUCAACCGAAGAUGGUUCUGAACUGCAGGCAAAGGGUGAAGUCUGUGUGUCUUCAGAGCAAACCAUGCCUGUUGCAAAUGACAGUAACAGGACAUUGGAGAGAGAGGAUCCCUACCAAACAGUGACACCUGUAGUACCACCAACUCAUGUACUCAAUGGGGAGAAUGUAGCUGAGACAAUGGAGUCAACAUUGUCAACACCCCAAACACCAACACUGUCCCCCAAAACCUCUGAAUUGGAGAGGGUAUCCACAACAGCAUGUCAAAAUUCAUCACAUGAUGUUGGCUCCCUGAGGGAUGAGGACACGAUAAGUGAUGAGGAACCAACAGUGGUGACAGGCGUCCCUCUGAGACUCUCUAAAGAGAGCCUUGAUCUGACAUCUAGUCACAGCCACACCAGACUUCAAUCUAGUUCCAAGCAAAGUCUUAAAGACGUGUCCAGGCUGUCUUCACUUGUACAGUGCUCAUACACAGCUUCAGCAACUGAAGUAGUGGACAGUUCAACAUAUAGUAGCAUGGAGUACAACCACCUCUCACCAGCAAACACGGCCUCUUCCAUCACAGUGCUGUUUGAGGAUUCAGAAGAAGAUGAUUAUAUAAGUGAAAGUGAAUCCACAGAAAGGGUGGGCGACACAGAUGCCUUCCCCGAUAUAGUGAUUAUCCACAAAGCUUUAUCAAUCGAAGAAAUGCCUGACACAGAUUUUGAAGCAGACAGACAGGAUCUCCGCAAAUCGGAGUCAUCUCUGGCAUUUGCCUCACCGUCUCUGAUUGAAGCAAAGGGGUCAGAAUAUGCCCCAAUGUCUGCCAUAACAACAGAGGAUGCUGAGUUGGAAGAUGGUGUACCACAUGUGGUCAUAAUUCACAAAGGUCCGUCUGAAGAAGAGUUUCUUGACACUUCUCUUACUCUACAUGCGGAAAAUAUUUGUGGACCAGGUUCAGCAGCAACAGAGACCACUGUAACUGCUCCGGAACCACCUGCAAUGACAUCAAGAGGUCAAAGCAUUGGUGAUACAGCGACAGCAUCAGAGAGUUCCAGGUGUCCUACAUCAACACCAAGGACCUCUGGUUUAUUAGCCGUGCCCUUAGCCACUUCCCAAGGACCAGUAAGUUACACCACUGCUGCGGAGUCACUGGAGAAAACAUCAGCAGAGACAUUGACCUCCACAACAGUGACACCAGGCGAGGAGGACUACACCACAAGUCAAACAUCAGAAAGAACACAGGCAGAGGAAGGAUGUGAGGUGUCACUUGAGGUGAAAUCAGCAUCCUCACUACCCAGCAGUGAAAGUAGUGAUCACCCUUCCAUGUCACAAGAGGCCGAUGACCCAUCUGGUCUAGAUGAAAUAAGUUCUAAAGUUUCAGCAGAUGUGCCAGUAGAUGAAUUGGGGCUGUUUGGACUGUUGGGGCUGUUGCCUGUUGAUAAGGAUGUACUUUCAGAGAAAACAUCUGUGGCAGUUGAAUGUUCAAGAGCAGUAAACAUAGAUAUGGAAGUUCAAUGCAAAAUAGAAGCAUCCUCAGCAUCAAGUGGAGAGAACAUUACUCAGAGAGUGGAGUCAGUUGAAAGGCUAAUAUCUCCGUUAACCACAGUGGAAGACAACCCAAUUCAACCUGAAUCAGCUGUGUCCAUGGAAGACAACCCUGCCACCCCUGAAUCACAUCUGCUAGUGGAAGACAACCCUAUUGAACCCAAAUCAGCGUUGACCACAGUGGAGGACAACCCUAUUGAACCCAAAUCAGGCUUGACACUGGAAGACAAUCCAAUUGAAACUGAAUCAGGUUUGGAAGUGGAAAACAGACCUACUGAAUCAUCAGCGGUGGCCACAGUGCCCUCAGCCACUCCCCAAGGACCAGUAAGUGACACCACUGCUGUGGAGUCACUGGAGAAAACAUCAGCAGAGACAUUAACCUCCACAACAGUGACACCAGGCGAGGAGGACUACACCACAAGUCAAACAUCAGAAAGAACAACUGCAGAAGAAUUUGAGGUGUCACUUGAGGUGAAAUCAGCAUCCUCACUACCCAGCAGUGAAAGUAGUGAUCACCCUUCCAUGUCACAAAAGGCAGAUGACUCAUCUGGACAAGAUGAAAUAAGUUCUAAAGUUUCAGCAGAUGUGCCAGUAGAUGAAUUGAGGCUGUUUGGUCUGUUGGGGCUGUUGCCUGUUGAUAAAGAUGUACUUUCAGAGAAAACAUCUGAGGCAGUUGAAUGCUCAAGAGCCGAAAACUUAGAUAUGGAAGUUCAAUGCAAAAUACAAGCAUCCUCAGCAUCAAGUGGAGAGAACAUUACUCAGAGAGUGGAGUCAGUUGAGAGGCUAAUAUCUCCAGAAUUAUCCUCUACAUCUGAGAGAGAGAAUGCAAAGCCAGUUGAUGUGCCACUAGAAGUGGUGUGGGCAUCCGCGCAACUAAGCACUGAGACCACAUUAUCAGAGGAGCUUCAGAGAUCAUCCCCAGACCUGCCUGCAAUGGUGCCAGCAGAAGACCACUCUCAAUUGCUCUCGUCUAGCGACAAUAUCUCUUCACCGAAAACCUUGGAUGCAGCCAAAUGUUCAAGCCAUGCUAAUUUAGAUCAGAAAGCCUAUGAAACAGCAGCAGAAAUAUCAGUAUCAGAAAUAAUUGCUUCCAGUGUUGAAUGGAUUAAGCGAGAUACAAAUUUGGAUGUUCACAAUUCAGGAAGUGAAAGUGCUGUUGUUGGGCCAGCUGUAACAUCAGUGUACAUGGCGACUGACAUUAUUAAAACUGAAACUAAACAUGAAUUAAGUACUGCUGUUUCACUAGAGGAACCAGUUGACCUUUCACUCCAAGUUAACUCAGCAUCCUUACAGCCAAGCACUCAAAUUGGUGAUGUCCUUCCAAUGUCACAAGUGGCUGAUUAUUUGGAAAUGCUUCCUGAGCCUUGUAUGCCAUCAGUGUUGGAGGCUUCAGGUACAUGUGACGGCUCACAGGAUGAUGGAGGCCUUUCAGCCAAUGUUGACAGUAUUGUUAUUGCACCUCCUGAAACAUUAGAGAAUGUUGUUACUUACAUUACAACGACUGGCCAAGAGGAAGCAGAAAGUGACUAUGCUGUUCUUGGGUCAGCAGGAAUUUCAGGGUGCAUGGUUACUGUUCAAGAUGAAACUAAUGCUGACGUUUCACAAGUGGGAACAAGAAUCCCAAGAUUGUCUCCUCAGCUGUCAAGUUCAGAUGUUUCUAAGAGAGCUUCAUCAGAGCAGCUGCAAAGAUGCAUGGCUAUUGACACUGUUACUACCGGUCAAGAUGAAAUAAGCACUGACGUCUCACCAGAGGAGCCCGUUGAUGUUUCACUUGACGUAAACUCAGCAUCCUCACAGCCAAGCACUGAAAAGAGUGAUGAACCUACCGUGUCAGAAGUGGCCAGUGACCUGGAAAUGCUUCCCGAGCCUAAUAUGCCAGCAGUGUUGGAGAGAGAACCUUCAGCUAUAUGUGUAGGCUCACUGGAUGAUGGAAAUCUUUCAGCCAGUGAUGUAGAGAAGUCACCAAGUGAUAGUGUUGUGGUUGCACUUCCUGACACAUCAGAGAAUGGUUUUACUGACAUUACAAUGUCUGGUCAAGAUGAAACAAGUACUGAGGUGUCACAAGUGGGAACAAGAUCCCCAAGACUGUCUCCUCAGCUGUCAAGUUCAGAUAUUUGUGAGAGCGCCUUAUCAGAGGAGCAGCUGCAGAGAUGCAUGGCUACUGACAUUAUUACAACUGGUCAAGAUGAAAUAAGUUCUGACGUGGAACCUCUUGACAUUUCCCUUGAAGUUGCACCUCCUGAAACAUCAGAGAACAUAGUUACCGACAUUGUGCCAGCUGGUCAAGAUGAAACCGGAAAUGGCAGUGCUGUUGUUGGGUCAGCUGGAACAUCAGAGGACAUGGCUGCUGGUCCACAUGAAAUAAGUACCAACUUUUCACACAUGGAACCAGUUGACGUUUCACUUGAAGUGAAAUCACCAUCCUCACAGCAAAGCAUUGUAAGGAGUGAUAUACCUACCAUGUCAGAAGAAGCCAGUGACUUGGAAAUGGUUCCAGAGCCUAAUAUGCCAGCAGUGCUGGAGAGAGUACCUUCAGCUAUAUGUGUAGGCUCACUGGAUGGUGGAAAUCUUUCAGCCAGUGAUGUAGAGAAGUCACCAAGUGAUAGUGUUGUGAUUGCACCUCCUGACUCAUCAGAGAAUGGUUUUACUGACAUUAUAAUGACUGGUCAAGAUGAAACAAGUACUGAAUUGUCAAAAGUGGGAACAAGAUCCCCAAGACUGUCUCCUCAGCUGUCAAGUUCAGAUAUUUGUGAGAGCGCCUCAUCAGAGGAGCUGCUGCAGAGAUGCAUGGCUACUGACAUUAUUACAACUGGUCAAGAUGAAAUAAGUUCUGACGUGGAACCUCUUGACAUUUCCCUAGAAGUUGCACCUCCUGAAACAUCAGAGAACAUAGUUACUGACAUUGUGCCAACUGGUCAAGAUGAAACCGGAAGUGACAGUGCUGUUGUUGGGUCAGCUAGAACAUCAGAGGACAUGGCUGCUGGUCCACAUGAAAUAAGUACCAACUUUUCACACAUGGAACCAGUUGACGUUUCACUUGAAGUGAAAUCACCAUCCUCACAGCAAAGCAUUGUAAGGAGUGAUAUACCUACCAUGUCAGAAGAAGCCAGUGACUUGGAAAUGGUUCCAGAGCCUAAUGUGCCAGCAGUGCUGGAGAGAGUACCUUCAGCUAUAUGUGUAGGCUCACUGGAUGGUGGAAAUCUUUCAGCCAGUGAUGAGAAGUCACCAAGUGAUAGUGUUGUGGUUGCACCUCCUGACUCAUCAGAGAAUGGUUUUACUGACAUUACAAUGUCUGGUCAAGAUGAAACAAGUACUGAGGUAUCACAAGUGGGAACAAGAUCCCCAAGACUGUCUCCUCAGCUGUCAAGUUCAGAUAUUUGUGAGAGCGCCUUAUCAGAGGAGCAGCUGCAGAGAUGCAUGGCUAUUGACAUUAUUACAACUGGUCAAGAUGAAAUAAGUUCUGACGUGGAACCUCUUGACAUUUCCCUUGAAGUUGCACCUCCUGAAACAUCAGAGAACAUAGUUAGUGACAUUGUGCCAGCUGGUCAAGAUGAAACCGGAAGUGACAGUGCUGUUGUUGGGUCAGCUGGAACAUCAGAGGACAUGGCUGCUGGUCAAGACGAUAUAAGUACCAACUUUUCAAACGUGAAACCAGUUGGCGUUUCAUUUGAAGUGAACUCAUCAUCCUCACAGUCAGACCCUGAAAGGAGUGAUGUACCUACCAUGUCAGAAGCGGCCAAUGACAUGGAAAUGAUUCCAGAGCCUAAUAUGCCAGCAGUGCUGGAAAGAGUACCUUCAGCUAUAUGUAUAGGCUCACUGGAUGAUGGAAAUCUUUCUGCCAAUGUUGUACAGAAGUCACCAGGUGAUAGUGUCUUGGUUGCACCUCCUGACACAUCAGAGAAUGGUUUUGCUGACAUUAUAAUGACUGGUCAAGAUGAAACAAGUACUGAAGUGUCACAAGUGGGAACAAGAUCCCCAAGACUGUCUCCUCAGCUGUCAAGUUCAGAUAUUUGUGAGAGCGCCUUAUCAGAGGAGCAGCUGCAGAGAUGCAUGGCUAUUGACAUUAUUACAACUGGUCAAGAUGAAAUAAGUUCUGACGUGGAACCUCUUGACAUUUCCCUUGAAGUUGCACCUCCUGAAACAUCAGAGAACAUAGUUACUGACAUUGUGCCAACUGGUCAAGAUGAAACCGGAAGUGACAGUGCUGUUGUUGGGUCAGCUGGAACAUCAGAGGACAUGGCUGCGGGUCCACAUGAAAUAAGUACCAACUUUUCACUUGUGGAACCAGUUGACGUUUCACUUGAAGUGAAAUCACCAUCCUCACAGCAAAGCAUUGUAAGGAAUGACGUCCUUCCCAUGUCACAAGUGGACAAUAACUCAGUAAACCUUCCUGAUCCUUGUCUUGGUAAUGACUUGCCUUUCCAAAAAACUUUGGAUGCAGCCCAAUGUUCAAGUCACAUGAAUUUAGAAGAAGACUUACAAGAAAAUUCUGAAACAGCAGUGGUAGUAUCAGAAAUAAUCACCCAUAAUGGUAUUGAAAUCAUCAAGGAAGAUGAGAAGCUCCAAUGUUGUCCAUUGUCUCCUAAGCACUCUUUUACAUCUGAACGUAAUGAUGUCUUUUCCAUGUUACACAUGGCCGAUGACUCAGAAAACCUUCCUGAUCCAUGUCUUGGAAAUGACUUGCCUAUACAAAAAACUAUGGAUGCAGCCCAAUGUUCAAGUCACACACAUUUAGAAGAAGAGAAUUUAAAAACAAACUCUGAAACAGCAGUAGAAAAAGGAGUAGCAGAAAUAAUCACACACUAUGGUAUUGAAAACAUUGAGCAAGAUGAGAAACUCCAAUGUUCUCCAUUGUCUCUUAAGCACUCUUUUACAUCUGAGAACUGUUGUACAGUUGACAUCCUUGGAAAGAAAGUGGCAUCACCAAAAACGAGUAUAGAAAAGCUUUCACCGUCUUUGAUUUCAACAUACGUGGAAGAGGCUGAACUCACUCCUUGUGGAUUGCUGACUCAGAACACUUGUCCCAUGGAGGAGCCUCCCAGAUCUGGUAUUACUUCAGAUGUGUUGGAGGGAGUAUCAUCACCUUCCACAGGCUCUGUUGAUGAUGUGCACCUUUCAGUCACUGAUACUUCAGACUCUGAAAAAUCAGGAGUAGUGGAAGAAAUAUCAAUGGCUGUAGUGAACUCUCCAGUCCUCGAUAUUCAGAGCUUAGAAAGUGACAGUGCUGUUGUAGCACCAGCUGGAUCAGCUGAGGAGAGAGCUCCCUUUAUCAAGACACCCAGUGCAGUGGUGCUUUCAACUAAAUCUUCCGGUGUGGUUUUGUGUUCAAGUGAGAGUAAUGUAGUGGCUGAGCCACCCUCAGAAGUGUCAGAGUUCCGCUGCUGCCCACCAUCUUCCACAAAUGAGGAGGUCAUCAUCAUUGAGACAUUGAAUUCUGGAGGGACAGAGAUCUCUCCUAGAACAUCCCCCAGCUUGUCUUGGACAUCUGGGCUUAAAGUGCAAAGCAGCACAGAGCUGGAGCCGGAUACACCCACGCUCCAAGUUUUAUCUAGUGAGCGUGACCUGAAUUCACCAUCAGCAGAGCUGAAUGAGGCGAGACAAGAGCGAAGUGAUGCUGAUCAGACACCAUAUGUUGAACAACAAGCUCAAACUCUGUCUGCAGUCGAGUCACAGAGUGUAGAGGACAUUUCAGAGGUGUCAACAGGCCCAGUAAAUGGCACAAGCUCCCCAAAACUAUCUCCCAAAACUUCCUCAAUGUCAAUUGAAGCAGCUUUGAAUCUGGAUCCACUGCUGGAAUCGAGCCAAAUCAGUAUUGAGGACUCAGUACAGAGUCCCAGUGCGACCCUGCUGUUGCCAAAAGAAGACACAGUUGUAAGUAAGGAAACAUUGGUACAAGGAAAAUUACUCACAGAGGAAACGUUUCUGACUUCAGGAGUGUCCCCUGUGGUCUCAGAGAUGAAAGUUACCUUGUGUGAGAAUUUAAAUCAAGUACAAUCCCUGGAUGAACUGUCUACGUCUGGUUUUACAAAAGCACCUGUGGAAGACUCACUGGAUGUGGAAUCUGAGCUAGACAUGGAUGAGACAGCAACUGUUGAGGAAGUGAAUCCACAAGCGCCGUCUUCAACAACUCACAGUGCUGAACACCUAAUAGACACUUUGCCUACUGACCCAACACUUGCUUCAGCUUUAGAAACUCCCUCUACCGGAGCAAGUGCAGAUAGUGUGGGAGUGGGGAUUGAACGAUCGAGAGAGAACAUCGCCUUUCCUAGGUUGUCCCCUAAAGUUUCCAUGAUCCUCCAGAGAUCUCCAUCCCUUGAUAAACUACAAGGCAGACACCCAUCACCAAAGGGAAGCAGGACAAGAUGCCAAUCUGUUCCUCCAAUAAAGUGUUGCUCUGAGACAGUUGAAGAAAUACCAAUCAGGAGAAGGACUUCCUCGGACAGGCUGGAAUCUCCAAGAGUGUCACGAAAACCAUCUAAAGAGUGCCUGCCUUCAUUUGAAAGGUCAACACAGACAUCCACACCAUGCCUGCCCAGGAUUGAUCAAGCCACACAGAUAUCGAGGACGGUGCUUGUUUCGGCCAGCCACUCGACUCAAACAUCGAAAACAUUGCUGCCAAUUGCCACGCCAGAAUCUAGAACAUUGCUUCCAACUAUUGAUCGGGACACUCAGAUAUCCCACAAACCGAUGCAGGGUGUUGAUAAAGAGAGUCAGAUGUCCAGGACAUCUGUGAAGUUGUGUCACCAGGGCUCUCAGGUGUCACCCGAGAGCCAGGACAGCCAAAUGACUCGGGUCUGUGGAGCCUCCCCAGCCAAAACAACACAGGAGACGAGCUCGCCAACUUGCCAAACCUCAUCAGCAAAUAAUUGGGAUGAUAGAAGCCACACUGUGUGUGAUAUUCAUCCUGGAAGUGAAAGUCCUACUGGUCAGGUGGCUGAAAGGCUUCCCAAAGAGAAGACAUGGACCCUCUAUCAGUUGGGACACAAGAGUGACGGAGGCCUGUUGUCCACACAGGCACUGUCUAGGCCUCCGUUUCACGGGGAGGCCUACAUCCGAAGCUUCGGGCCAGGGGCCGUGCUUUUGUCCGAGCGACCUGGCAGGAGGUUAAGAACGCUUUCACCUCCCAUUACGGGUAAGCUGGUGGCAGCCAGUGCCUUUGAACAGGGCCGGAGACCACCUAGCCUCCUGCCUCACCAGCUGGUCAUCUUCCCCCCUCACCCACCCAACAGGGCGUCCUCCAACCCUCCAGACUACGUACUGGUAGUGGACACUGAGGAUUUCGACCGGAGGCUUUUUUCAAAUGUGGCAGCAGGACCCAGCCAACCACACACAGUACCUUGAAAUUGAUUGUCCCCCAACCACUGAAAUUCGUUUAUGCAUUUGGCUGGCAGUUAACAAGAGGCUUUGAAACAAACACUAAUGAGCUAGUUUGAAUAAACACAGUAGUGUGUUCAUUGCUAAGUAGGCUAUGCCUAAUUGA